AUGUCCGCGAUCAUGGUUUUUCUUGAGUUCAAGCUCGUCAUUCCCUACUGUCGUUUCGAUGGAGUAGUCGCCAAGAUAACGACGCGAGGGCAUAGAAUCUCGACUGAAUGGGUUCGAGCAAACCGCGAACGGAUCCUGUCCGGCGACUGGCCCCCGCCACCAGACGAACGUGCCGCGCCACACCUUCCUCCACAGACCCCGCCCAGCCCACAACGCAUGCUCAGCUGUACUCCACCGUCGAGUUCUCCCCCUCAGCCGGUCGCCAUGCACCCACCGUCUCCGCUCACAUCCAAAGAGGUCAAGGAUCUCGUCAAGCGGCCGUCGCCUUUGAUCGACAUGCGGUUCGAAUGUCAUGACGAAACUGCCGGUGGCGUCUGGAAGCUGCAGUCGUUCACUCAGACCUCGGGCCGUCCGACCGAGUUCUGGAUCAAGUACGACGACUGCAAUGGCGUUAUUCCCAUGGACACAGAUGCCAUGACGUGGCUCCUGGCCGAGAGCUUGGUAGUAGAGGGGCUGGAUGAGUACAGGUCUGAUGAUUAG